UAUAUAUAUGUAAUUAAUUAAACAGCCUUAGCAAAAGGGUCAUAUAGAAAUAAACUAUAUAAUAAAGAAAAGAAAUAAAGAGCACGCCUGUCCCUAAGAUUAUCCCUCUCUGAUGUCUUCUCUCUGGGAUUGGACAAAGAUGGAGAUGUUUAAGGGGAUUGUGGCUCCGGCAGUGGUGAUGGGGAUGGGGUUGGGGUUGGUGGUGUCAUGGGGAUACAAGGCAGCUAUAGUAGCAGUGAGGCCACCACCACCAAAAAUAUGUGGGUCUAAAGGAAGGCCUCAAAUCACAGCUCCAAGAGUCAAGUUAAGGGAUGGAAGACAUUUGGCUUACAAGGAAUUUGGUGUCCCUAAACAACAUGUCAAUUACAAGAUCAUCUUCAUCCAUGGCUUCUCUUCCUCUAGACAUACUGCAUCACUUCUUUCCACUGAUCUUUCUCAUCGUCCGGAAAUUAUUGAAGAACUAGGUGUGUACGUGGUGGGAUUUGACAAACCAGGGUAUGGAGAAAGUGACCCCAAUCCUAAACAAACAGUGAAGAGUUUGGCUUUGGAUAUUGAAGAGCUUGCUGAUAAUUUGGGACUUGGAUCCAAAUUCUAUGUGCUUGGAAAUUCCAUGGGCGGCCAAGCUGUAUGGGGCUGUCUCAAGUACAUUCCUCAUAGGCUUGCAGGAGCAGGACUAAUGGCUCCUGUUAUAAACUACCGGUGGCCAUCAUUGCCAGCUGAGUUGUCGAGAGAGUGCUAUUACAGACAGCCCAAAGGAGACCAAUGGGCACUAAGAGUUGCUUACUACAUGCCAUGGUUGACCUAUUGGUGGAACACUCAAACUUGGUUACCGUCUUCCACCGUUAUAUCUAAAAGUCCUAUCAAUUUCUCUGCUCAAGAUCUCAAAAUUUUUAACAGCUCACUGUCAAAAAUGACUCCAGAAAAGGAAAAGCAGAAGCAACAAGUGACACAACAAGGAGAAUUUGAGUCAUUCCAUCGAUCCAUGAUGGUUGGAUUUGGGAAAUGGGAAUUUGACCCAACAGAUCUAAAGAACCCUUUUCCCAACAAUGAAGGAACAGUCCAUCUAUGGCAAGGGGAAGAAGAUAAGCUUGUCCCAUUGGAGCUUCAACGUUACAUUGUUGAUAAGCUUCCAUGGAUUCACUACCAUGAGUUGCCUGGUGCUGGUCAUCUUUUUCCGAGUGCUCAUGGAGUGGGUGAAACUAUCUUAAAGCAAUUCUUAAUUGGGGAUGAUGACAAUCACAACUAAUCUAUUUUAAUGCUCACUUUAUUUUUUCAUCAGGAAUGGACUGAAAGUUUUUAUUAAUAUUUUCUUAAAAAAAAAAAGAAGGAAGAGGAUAUAUGUUAACUUGACUAUUUUUGAGUAUUUUAUUACUAAAAUUGAUUUUAUGCUAAUUUUUGGUAUCUUUAUAUAUGAAUAGAUAAUUGUGGGACUCUAUUGUUGGCUA